CGCCCCCUCACUGCGCAGGCGCACUCGCUCCCUGAGGCCAUGGACUGUGCCAGCACCUGGGCCAAGCUGUGGGCUCCGUCUAGCACAAAGGGAUAGCUUGGAGAUGGCGGCGGCCGAGGAGGUAUCGCCGGAGCCCGCGGCCUCAGAGCAGCCAGUGGAGCUGCCGGCCUCGGUUCGCGCGAGCAUCGAGCGGAAGCGGCAGCGGGCGCUGAUGCUGCGCCAGGCCCGGCUAGCGGCCCGGCCCUACCCGGCGACGGCGGCUGCGGCUACUGGAGGCAUGACAAAUGUGAAAGUGGCCCCCAAAAUAAUUGACACAGAAGGGGGCUUUAUUUUGGAAGAGGAGGAAGAAGAAGAACAUAAAAUUGGAAACAUUGUUCAUCAACCAGGACCAGUUAUGGAAUUUGAUUAUACAAUAUGUGAAGAAUGUGGGAAAGAAUUUAUGGAUUCCUAUCUUAUGAAUCACUUUGAUUUGGCAACUUGUGAUAACUGCAGAGAUCCUGAUGAGAAACAUAAGCUUAUUACCAAAACAGAAGCAAAGCAAGAAUACCUUCUAAAAGAUUGUGAUCUAGAAAAAAGAGAACCAGCUCUUAAGUUUAUUGUGAAGAAGAAUCCUCAUCAUUCACAGUGGGGAGAUAUGAAACUCUACUUAAAACUACAGAUUGUGAAGCGGUCUCUUGAAGUUUGGGGUAGUCAGGAAGCACUAGAAGAAGCAAAGGAAGUGAGGCAAGAAAACCGAGAAAAAAUGAAACAGAAGAAGUUUGAUAAAAAAGUAAAAGAAUUGCGACGAGCGGUGAGAAGCAGUGUGUGGAAAAGAGAAACAAUUGCUCAUCAACAUGAGUAUGGGCCAGAGGAAAAUUUAGAAGAUGACAUGUACCGCAAGACUUGUACUGUGUGCGGCCAUGAGUUGACAUAUGAAAAAAUGUGAUUUUUAGUUCAAUCAAUUUUGAAACAAAUUUUUAUAUUUAAAUAAAGGAAAUUUAGAUUGGCCCUGUUCAAAACUACCACAAUGUAAGUAAUGCUUCAGUAGUAACUGUGGAUAUGGCUCAAGAGCAAAUUUCUGUUGCAGUCCAGCUGGCCUGGUUAGGCAGAAUGUCAGGUCUCUGGGAGCUGAAUGGAAGGUAGAUUCAAAAGUAGCGGAGCUACAAAUUAAGGAGUAAGAGACCAAAAUAAAUCCCAGACUGGGGCAGGAGGAAGAACUUUCAAUAAAGGUCAAAGCUGA